AUGCCAUCGUCGUCAACUUCGGAGGGUGCCCCCCUCGCCGAUUACUUCUGGAUAGCCGGCGUGGAUGGUACGGAGAUCUUGGACACGUUCCAGAGAUUGGGAGAAGACUACCGUGCCAAUGGCGCUGCCUCUCCAGGCCCUGCGCUCGCAGAUACUAUUCAGGAGGAUGCCGACGCGGAGGAGGAAUACAACCCGGAUACGGCCUCCCGGCCAAAUUCGAUGCUCUUUACUGGCGCCAGUCGUCGCGGUUCCGUUCAACGAAUUUCCACCCUCUCAAAAAGCUCCGAAGGAACAACCAAUGGCGGCACCAACAGUAACCGCAGCAGCAUGACCGUCAAGGGUGCCUCAUCCCCCCUGCGGACCUCCGCGCUGUUCUCCGACGACUUCGAUUUCGACUCCGCGCUAUUCAAGUUUGCCAACGAACGGGAAACAUUUCUGACCGAUCUGAGCUUGAGCGCCGGCGCAAUCACCCCGAAUACCCGUCCGCGAUCCCGCGUUCGCACACAGAAGAUCGUCUCCGACGAGUCGUCCUCGGCUGGCGGGAACUUGCUGAGGUCGGGUAUUGGCAGCGUGCGACGACACAUGGCGUUUCGGGACAUGAACAGUAUGAAGCGUCAGCCGUCCGUUGCUCGCCAAGGUGAGACCUCUCUUUUAACUCUAUCGGAAUGGCCACUGCACCCGCAGCUGCGCCCGGAACUUUCCCAGGACACACAGACUAACGGCGGAGCGUCUUCAGCUUCCGUACGCACUUCUCGACGACUUAGCAACUACAAUUCGGUGAUUCCCGUUCCGCAACCCCUCGAGAUCUCCCCCACAAUGCACCCCUUGAAGCGACGAUUCGAGCCCGUUCUUCUUGACCGAUACCCCACACGUGGCAUGCCGGACGAAACGAAGCAGCGCGGUAACUUCCCUGAUUACGUUCCGAUGUUUGCGUUCCCUAAUGAUAUCAAUAUCGUCUCCUCUGACCAGCGGCCACGCUCGACCUGGCACGGAUUCGCCAUGACCACGGACAAUGGCUCCAGACUGCACGCCAUCUGUGUGAUUAUUUGGAUACCGCUCAACCCGAAUGCGGCGGAGGAACUCGAGAAACGAUGCGAGGAAUGGCGGAAGGACAACAUGACAGACGAGGAGCGUGAGCUGGCUGCGAGCUUGGGUGAACGAUUAGCAUUAGAGCGGGCCAAGUUAUCGCGCUUGCUCGCUCAGCUGCCAACGGUCCAGUCGGGGUCUGAAUCCCGCGACCGACUUGAAGACGAAAUAAGCGCCGUGGAAGAGAAGAUUGGGUUAAUGACCGAUCUCCUCCGUCCCGUCCGCCAUGGGGCGGCCUCGAAGAUCGAGGGUCUGACUGAUGGUGACACAGGGUUCUGGAUUCCCCGCGCGUACGGUAUUCUGGGCCGGGAGAGCACAAUGACGACCUUUUGGAAGGAAUGGCUCAAAGCUGUCGUGGUGCCUAUGACUGAGGGCAGUUUACAGCAUGUGCCUUCUCCGUCCCCGCGCAUGGGUGUAUGGCAGCCGCUGGAGCGAUAUGUCAUGAAUCUCUGCACAGAAGCGUUUGCCCCGAUAUCUUCAAAGACGCAGGUCGAACUUGCAAUCCGUGAGCUCCGCUUAUUUGCUCGGAAAGAGGCGCCGAAUGAGAUACCUGGGUCUCGGAACACUGAUCUCUAUGCCUUGUUCCGAACCUUAUCGGUUCCUAAUAUCAUCAUUCUCUUCGAAUACGCUCUUACCGAAUCCCGCAUCAUCUUUUUGUCCUCCCAUACCUCCAUGCUUUAUCUGGCGACGAGAGCGUUGGUUGAUCUCCUCUUCCCUCUGGAAUGGACCGGUGUUCUGAUCCCCGUUCUUCCUGCCCGUUUGAUCCAAGCCCUGGAGGCCCCCUGUCCAUACAUCGUGGGCAUCGAGCGCCGGUACGAGAAGGUGGAAUUGCCUACCGACGACUUUGUCCUGGUCGAUCUGGACAACAAUAUGAUUGAAAGUACUAUCCAACCAACCGCUCUUCCGCGGCAUCAGCGCAGGAAGCUUUUGUCUCUGCUGCAGCUAGCUGCCCCUCAGCACACCCGGUUCCACGUCCCGACUGGGCCUCCCGCAUAUGCCAUUGAGACGUACCCUUGGGAUUCGUUCAUGUCAGAGAGCAAGGCUACGUUUACGUCCAAAGCGACUGCGACUAACCUUUCCAAAUACGUUGGUCUCAAUUCCGGUGCAUUCGGUGCGACUGCCGUGGCCCCGGGGGCCUACACACCACCGGUUUUUAAUGUUUUCUUGCAUGCCCGACAUGAGGCUGGUCCCUCUCGGGGAUAUUCAUCUCGCGGGAAUGAGCGCCCGGGAACCAGUUCUACGAUGAGAGCCGCUGCGUCUCCGCCAUCUCCAAGGGAGAGUUCGCCCACCUCUGGCUACUUCCCUCCACCUCCGCCAGCUCCUUCAUCUCGCAACGAUUCUGGAAUGGCACUGCAAGCUUCACUUCGAGAAAAACGAUCAGGCCACUUCGAUGCUGCCUCGCGCAGAAGCUCGUCGUUCGGAAUGACUCGACGUCCAAGUGCUCCGUUCCUUGGUCAUGCCUCGAACCUUUCUGUCACUACUUUGAACACCGAUUACGGCGGUGGAUCCACAUAUGCCCCCUCUGUGUAUGCGCAAUCCACCAUCGCUGCAUCCACGAUCGUUCCACAGUCCACAGCACAGCCCAUCGGUAAUAACGAAGGCACUUGCUGGGCCGAGGGUCAUUAUUUCCAGGCCCAGCCGUGGGAUGACAAAUUUGUCUGUGCCAUUUGUGAUGAGCAGGCAGAGGAGGGCAUGUACAAAUGCUCUGCAUGCAAAUUGACAGUUCACAACCGGUGUUCCUCGAUGGUGUGUCUGCCGUGUGACGCCGCCUUCCAUCCUGACCAGGUCCGCGCGGCGUUCGUCAGAUGCUUCGCUAGCUUGUUCUACACGUACAAGAAGUUCCUCGUACCAGCCAGUGGCGAGAAGAAGAAGUCGGGAAUGUAUUACAAUUUCAACGUAGACGCCUUCAUGAAGAGUCUCCCCAGCGAGCAUGCGGAAUACAUCUCGAUCCUGCAACAGACUCAAGGCUUCAACGAAUUUAUCAGUGACCGAGAGCGAACGAACCCGAAGUCGAAGGACCCUCGGAUGACUCUCUUUGACGAGAUCGUCCUCUCAAAGCGCAACCGUGGCCGCUCAACGAUCUUCUCUGGACGCUCUACCACAGACUUUUUAUCAGACACCUCGAAUCAUUUGUGGCGCACCGCCAAUGCCACCUUCUUCGCCCCUAGCAGCCGCAGCCAGCAGAGUUUUUCGGCCGACUAUGGCAGAGGUGUCACUAGAGCAGCGCCGGCAAAAUUGGAUACUAGCCUAAUGACAGAACCCCGCAUGAUCCACGGCGCACCACGGGUGUCCAAGACGGCAAAUACUGCCCGUCGAAAGCCACUACCGAAGCUGAUGAACGGACUAGCCAUCUCUCCCUCGGGUUAA